AAUUUAAUUGAAAGUGUACUUUUUAACCUAACUGAGUGGGACAUUUUACAUUUCAAAAAUCAGCUCUUUGUUUAGCUCUACUAAAAGGUUGGUAAUGUCUCCCGACGUCUGGCUAUCUACAGAUGAGGGGAACUCUCCGGACUCCCUUGUGUAUUUCUUGAGUGGAGCUUUAGCUGUCACUACCUUAACUGUAUUGGGGUGGCGUGAGAAAUAAAACUAGCCAUUCAGAGUAAGCAGAUGGAAAGUGAUAUUCUUUUUCUUCGUUAUUCUUCGAUUUAAUGUCAUCAUUUGUUUCUUCACAACAGCACAUAUAACAAGAACAAGUUUCUGACUCUUCGACUGUAUCUUCUUUUUGUAUAAAAGGCAUUCAUUUUGAUGAUACGAUUUUAGAUUUAGUGACACUGUGAGGAGACUUGACACACCUUUCACCAUGUGAUGCUUCUUACGGAACAAAAUUGACACUGUAGGCGUUACUGAACAUGUGAUCAUUGUUGUCUGGUUGGCCACUCGACACAGCCCAGUCUGUGAGGAGUGGAAAAUCUAUCAAGGUGCUUUUCAUUCCACACGGCAAUUUCUUCAUGAUGACAUCUCCAAAGUUUGUUUUCUAUCUGACAUGUCUGUUCGUGGGAGAAAUGGCUCAAAUGAGUAAUCUGAAAAAGUCCACGGUGGCGCGUCAAGAGAGUGGCUUUAUAUCAGCUAAUGUUGGUGACGACUUGACUUUACAAUGUUUCUAUGAGGAUUUUGCUGCAAAGUAUCAUUGGUAUAAGCAAACUCUCGGACAGAAGCCAAGGCGUAUCUCCAUUACCUACAUGUAUGAUAAAAAUGGCACUUUUUAUCAUGAAUUCAAAAACAGUCCACGCUUCACACUGCAAACUAAAGCUGGUGAGAAUCACUUAAAAAUUUCAGAUGUACAAAUUUCAGACUCUGCUACUUACUACUGUGUAAGCAGUUCUUCAUUUUUGUUUGAGUUUGGGGCGGGCACUAUUGUCAGCAUAAAGGGUUCAGGUUUGAACAUCCCAGUUUCGGUCCAUCAGUCAGCAUCUGAGACCAUCCAGCCAGGAGGCUCUGUGACUCUGAACUGUACAGUACACACUGGGACCUGUGAUGGAGAACACAGUGUUUACUGGUUCAAAACCUCUGAAGAAUCUCAUCCAGGACUCAUUUACACCCAUGGAGGCAGGAAUGAUCAGUGUGAGAGGAAACCCGACACACAAACACACACCUGUGUGUACAACUUGCCAAUGCAGAGCCUGGAUCUUUCUCAUGCUGGGACCUACUACUGUGCUGUUGCCUCAUGUGGACACAUACUGUUUGGAAAUGGGACCAAGCUGGACGUUUUAGAUGAGGUGGACUCUUCUGUCUUGGUGUAUUUCUUGAGUGGAGCUUUGGCAUUCACCACCAUCCUGGUUGUUUUACUGACUGUCUCAAUGUACAAGAUGAACAACAGCUACAAAGCUUCAGAGUCUCAAGCAAGAUCUGCUCCAUCCACAGCACACGCAGAGGGUCACCAAGAAGCAGACAACCUCCAUUAUGCUGCUUUAAAUGUUAACACCGCCUACAGAUCAAGAAGACAGAGAGACAACACCCAGAAUGAAUGUGUGUACUCCAGAGUGAAGCAGCAGAACUGCUGAAUGUGACACCUGUACUUUCUUUGAGAAUAAAAUGGUGUCUGUCUUUUGAGGUGUAACAUUAUGAAGAUAAAAUCUCUGUGCUUUGGUAACGUUUGAGACCCUCUACUUUCUUUGUCGUUUUUUCUGGGGUUUUAAGCAGGAUAUCUUCACAGUCGUACUUUUUGGUUGAUUGAUGUUGCACAAGUGACUCAUGGACUUUGAGAAUUAUUAAAAUAUGUCUUGGACUUGGACUCAUAUACUAAAUUUUCGUCCAAAUGAUUUAUGUGCAUUUUGUAUGAGAGAUAAAAUAAACCAAAUAUGACUUUGAAA